CAGAAAUAACAACAACAACUGCAGCAACAACAAGAGUAACAGCCGUCGCCGCAGCAGCAGGCAGCGCAGUAGCGGCAAAAUGCCGGCGACAGCGAAUUCGUGUCUGUUGUUGUUGCUGGUUUUCGUCAUCGUCGUCGCCGUCGUUGCUAGCAGCAAAUCGAAGCAGCAGGAGCAGCAACAGGAGUCCGUUUCCACAACAGCAAAAACAAAAACGCUCAGUCCCUUAACUGAGAAAGGUCCCUGUUUGCCAUCGUAUUUCACAUGCAACGAUGGCUCCUGCAUACCAAUGCGCUGGAAAUGCGAUUCCGAACUGGACUGCAAGGAUGGCUCUGAUGAGAGCAGCGAAUGUGCCAAGUCACCCAAAUGCAACGAGGGGCAAUUUCGCUGCGGCCAGAGCCUGAAAUGCAUACCCAGCAAUUGGGUAUGCGAUGGCGAAUACGAUUGCGGCAAGGGGGAUAUUUCGGAUGAGACCAAAUGUCCCGAUAGCGUUGCGCCCAAGUGUCGCGCCUUUGAAGCGGAAUGCCACAACGGCGCCUGCCUCGAGCUGUCGCGCUUCUGCGACGGCCACUGGGAUUGUGAUAACGAUGAGCUGCAAUGUGAUAAACAAAAUGUCGCCUGCGCUGCGCUCAACUGCAGCUACAAUUGCAAGCUGACGCCACAUGGGGCACGCUGCUACUGCCCCGCCGGGCAGGUGCCCGAGUCGGCCAACUCGACGCGUUGCGUCGACUACGACGAGUGCAGUGAGCCCGGCACUUGCGAUCAGCAGUGUCGCAACACGCCCGGCUCCUACGAAUGCGCCUGCAUAUCCGGCUACACCAAGCGGGGCAGCCACUGUCUGGCCAUAAAUGUGCCACCCUCGGAGCCAGCGACCCUAUCGCUCCUGUCUGCAGGCACCAUACAACGCAUCAGCACUGCCGUUAAUGGCACCGGAGCUGGACAACUGCUGUCCACACAGAAGGUGAAUAUGCUCGCCUACGAGGUUUGGCAUCGCAAUCGCACGCUCUGCAUGAUGCAAAAGAUGUCGCAGCUGACCAUACAGUGCCAGCGCAUCGACGACGCCAACGUUAAUUGGACGCUGCCUGUCUCAGCAUUUAACUCGCCGCAUCAGAUUUUUGUCGAGAUGCGCCUGGACUGGCUAUCGGGCAAUUGGUAUUUCCUAAACGAGCGCGACGGCAUGGUCUAUCUGUGCAGCAAUGCGGUCACCUUUUGCCGCCUCAUACUGCAGCAGGUGGAGGAGCCCUCGUCUCUGGUGCUAGACCCAACCAAGGGCUAUCUCUUCUACACAGACGGAUCGCCCAGCCUAUCGCGUGCUCUGCUCGACGGCAGCAAUCGCACAACACUCGUCAACACGCAGAUUUAUCAUCUGAGUAGCGUUACAUUGGAUUUGGCCAGUGAGCAUGUCUACUGGAUUGAUGAAUACAAGGACGUCAUUGAGCGUGUCAACUAUGAGGGACAGCAGCGUUGGGCAUUGAAAAAGUCACCAGAUUCGCCGCUGCCUUUGAAGACCAUCCAGGCGGUGGAGGUAUUCGAAAACACAAUUUAUUUGGCUGCCUGGACGGACCAUGCCAUCGUUGGCCUCGACAAAUUUACGUUGAAGGCGCGCGUGCUGCUGGCGAAUGUGACACGCGGCACACAUUUUCGCAUUUUCCAUCGCCAGAAGCAGCCGGAGGUGGCGCAUCCGUGCCGGGAGAACAACGGCAAUUGCAACCAGAUUUGUGUGCCGCUUUGGACGCGUGGAUUUGCGAGCGCCAAGUGCCUCUGCACUGCCGGCUAUAAAUUGCACAAUCAGACGACCUGUUUGCUUUCCGCGCACGAUAAAUUUUUGGUGUACACCGACAAGCGUUUGGUUCGCAUCACCGGCGUGCCACUGGGCACCGAACAGGUGCAGCAGCUCGAACAGCUCGGCGAGGAGCCCGACGUAAUGGUGCCCAUUUGCAAUGUGACCGCCCCGAAGGCCAUCGAUGUAAAUGUGCGUGGCAAAUCCAUUUUGUAUGUGUUACCCGAUCAGGAGGCAUCCCUCAGCUCCCUUGAGCUCGUGUACGCCAUCAAGAGCCAGUCCCUGAACGGCAGCGUUUCGCGUACCCUGUCCACGGGCUGGCGCAAGGUGCGUGCCAUGGCUUACGACUGGGUCAACGACCAUUUGUAUUGGACUGAAUACAAGAAGCUCCAUGUCGCCCCCCUGCGUAACAUGAGCAAAGUUCUCACCUUCAACGUUGAUUGCAAUCCCAUGUCAUUGGAAUUGGAUCCCGGAACGGGGCUACUCUACUGGACGCAGUGGGCGCUGACGUCGUGCGAGGCGGGCAUCUACAGCGCUUGGAUGGAUGGCACCCACAAGGAGCUGUUGGCUACAUCUACGGAUGAGCUGAGCAUGCGUUGGCCGCGCAGCUUGGACGUGGAUAGACGCACGAAACGCAUCUAUUGGUGUGACUUCAAAGUGGGCACCAUCGAACGUAUGAAACUGGAUGGCACUGGUCGCGAGCUGCUUUUCAAGUCGGAGCAGUUUCAUCCAUUUGCCAUGGUCCAGCACAAUGGAGUUGUCUACUGGGUGGAUAACAUAAAUUCGACCAUUUGGCGGUUUCAUGUGCAUCAUGCCAACAUGACGAGCACUUUCAGCUCCACGGUGCAUCUGCAGUCCAGUGGCAAUGCCAUCGAUUUGCGCAUCUUUGAUGUGGCCACGCAGCCCUUGCCGCAAACGCCCAGCUCCUGUGCGCUGUCCAAAUGUCCUGGCAUGUGCCUGAACACGCCCAAAGGCGCCAUCUGCCGCUGUCCAAAUGGCUAUACACUGAAUGGCACCGGCACUCAUUGUAUACCACAGCUGACGCCGUCGACGCAGGGCCGCUCCAACUGCACCUCGGGGCACCAGUGCCGCAGCACUGGACAGUGUAUCGAUGGCAAGGAUCUGUGCGAUGGCUUCGAGGACUGCGACGAUGGCAGCGACGAAACCAAUGACACAGAAGGUCCAUGCAAUCCAAAAUACUGUAAUAAGAAGUUGUACUUUGCGUGCAACGGCCGUUGCUAUCAGCGCGCAUUGCUGUGCAGCUCCAUUGCCUACUGCUCGGACGGAUCGGAUCAGCUGAACUGUGAGCACAACACCUGCAACAGUAAUGAGUUUACCUGCGAUAAGAGCGGCCGUUGCAUUCAGUUCACGUGGGUCAACGAUGGUGUCGUCGAUUGUGGACCCGACGACUCAUCCGAUGAAUCAUUCAAUUUGGACAUCCAGUGCCCCGAGUUCGACUGUGGCAAUGGACACUGUCGACAGUUCUCCGAUGUCUGUGAUGGAGUAAAUAAUUGCGGCAACAAUGCGGAUGAGGCAGCCUGCGAGCACGAAUGUGGCCACGGGGAGAGCUACUGUCGCCCCAUUGGCUGCUAUGGCGAUAUGCAAAUUUGCGAUGGCAUUAACGACUGUGAGGACUUUAGGGACGAGGCUAAUUGUAACCAGACCAAGAGUGACAACCAUCCGCUGAGCGGUUGGAAGAAACUUGGUGAAUGUGCACCUUUUGAGUUCGCUUGUUCAGAUCCAUUCGAAUGCAUACCAGAGUUCCUGCGCUGCGACGGCAUCAACCACUGUUUUGACAAAACGGAUGAAGUUAACUGCACUCAGCUGCAUCCGACCAAGUUUGACACAAACGAGACGGUCAUCUGUGAGCAUCCCGAUCGCUUGUGCGGCUUCAGCAACAAGUGCAUUGCCGUGAGCCAACUUUGUGACGGGCACAAUGACUGUGAGGAUACCACAGACGAGGGCUUCCUUUGCGCUGAUGAGCUGUGCAACCAUGGCCACGAGUGUUCGCACAACUGUCACAACACGCCCGAGGGUUACAUCUGCUCCUGCCCAUCCCACUUGUACUUGCAGCCCAAUGGCAAGCGCUGCAGCAUGCAGCAUGCUUGCGAGCACUGGGACACUUGCUCGCAGGUGUGUGAGAAUAAUGGCAAAAGCUAUGCCUGCCAGUGCCUCGAAGGCUAUGACCUGGCCUACGACAGGUUCACGUGCAAGAGCACAGCUCCGGAUGAGCCGUAUGUUAUCUUUACGGAUCGCCAAGAUAUACGUGGCAUCAAUUUAAAGACACUGACUGCCAGCAGCUUUUACAAUGCGGUCCGAAAUAUUAUUGCUCUGGACUUUCUGUACAGCAACGAGUCCAGCUUGGAUAUUUUCUGGACAGAUGUCAUCGAUGAUAAGAUCUAUCGCGGUCAGCUGGUUGGCGAAAGCUUGCGCGAUGUGGAGGCCGUAGUGCAUUCGGGUCUGUCGACGACGGAGGGCUUGGCUGUGGAUUGGAUAGGCAAAAAUCUCUAUUGGAUUGACUCGAAUAUGGAUCAAAUUGAAGUGGCCAAACUGAAUAGCAGCUUUCGCAGAACUCUGAUUGCUGGCAACAUGGAGAGUCCACGUGCCAUUGCUCUAGAUCCGCGUGAGGGUUUGCUGUUCUGGACCGACUGGGAUGACAAUUCGCCGCGCAUUGAACGCUGCAGCAUGGCCGGAGAGGGUAGGCGCACAAUAUCUACCAAUUGGCAGCUAAGCGCCGGCUGGCCCAACGGCUUGACGCUGGACUAUACUCAGAAGCGUGUCUAUUGGGUCGAUGCCAAAUCGAAUUCAAUAUGCAGCACCAAAUACGAUGGCUCCGAGCAUCAUGUUGUGCUGCACAGCAAGGAGAUGCUGGCCCAUCCGUUUGCCAUCUCUGUGUUCGAGAACUAUGUGUACUGGACGGACUGGAGCACGACGUCUGUGAUACGCGCCAACAAAUGGAAUGGCAGCGAUGUGCAGGUGCUACAGCGCACACAUACCCAACCAUUUGGCAUACAAGUGCUGCACUCAAGCCGCCAGCCCUGGGAUCGCAAUCCAUGCGGCGAUAACAAUGGCGGCUGCUCCCAUCUCUGCCUGCUGAGCGGCAGAGGCACCUUCAAAUGCGAAUGCCCACAUGUGAUGCGCUUGGAUCCGGCUAAUGAGCGAAACUGUGUGCCCAAUGAACAGAUUUUGCUAUUUGUCAUGGGCGAGGAGAUACGUGGCAUUGACUUGCAACAGCCCAAUCAUCAUACUAUACCCACCAUACGGCAGUCCCCUAGGCUUGUGGCGCCACAACGCAUUGACUUUCUGGUAGAGGAUAGUCACAUCUAUUGGUCCGAUAUACAGCAGAAUGAGAUCGCCAAAGCGGGCAUAUCCAGCGGACUGAUUGGGCCCAUUAUCAACACGAAUAUCGAUAAGCCUUACGGCUUUGCUAUUGACUGGAUUGCCAAGCAUAUGUAUUUUUCCUCGGGUCAAUUUGUUGGCACCAUACUAGCCAGCAAUCUGCAGGGCGAAUAUACCACCCACAUACACGAGAACCUCAAUAUGGUGGACAGCAUUGCCCUGGAUCCAGCUAAUGGCAAAAUGUAUUGGAUACACUCCACACAUGACUCCACGCUGUGGAAGCUGGAGCAAUCGAACCUGGAUGGCUCCGAUCGCGUGCUCAUACACAAGCACAACAAUAGCAUGCAGAGUUUGACCAUGGACUUUGACUCGCAGCGUUUGUAUUAUGCCUACGACAACUCGGGCAUUGCCUACUACGAUAUACCGAAGAAUGAGACACACAUCGUGUUGGAGGCCAGCCCCAUCACCUCAGUCAACUCCCUGACGGUCUACAAUGGCACACUCUACUUUCCCGAGAACAUUCAGAGCGUCAUUAUGCACUGCGAGAAGGAGCAGUGCUUGAACAUGUCCUUCCUGCGUGUCAAUACAAAGAGCAUUCAGAGCAUGAAAAUGUACUAUGCAGAUGCACAGACGGGCACUAAUACCUGUGCUGGGCCCUUGCGUGGUGGCUGCGAGCAGCUUUGCCUGGCCACGUCGGCCACGGAUCAUGUGUGUCGUUGCGCUCUGGGCUACGAUGUGGAGCCGACCAAUCCAACGCGUUGCAUACCACGAGCUGAGUUUAUAUUUUACUCCAUUGAUGUGUUGCAGGGCGUCGAAAUGAUUGAUCCCAGUGAACAGUUUGAGACACCCAAACCGGCGCUCGUGCCAAUCUCACGCAUUAGCUUUGCAACUUUCAUUGAGUAUCAUGCCGCUACGGAUAUGCUUUAUUGGAGCGACAGCGAAUUGGGAACCAUCUCGCGCGUGCGUCGUGAUGGCACGCAUCGUGAGACCGUGCUGGAGGCCAUCAAUUUGGCUGAGAUUAAGCAUCAGGAUUGGCUGGGCGGCAUUGCCAUUGACUGGAUUGCGGGCAACAUUUACUGGAGCGACAUGAAACGAAACAUAAUUGAAGUCUCCCAUCUGGAUGGCAGCAAUCGCUACGUGGUUGUUGCCAAUGUUGAAAAACCCACUGUCUUGGCUGUGGACCCAGUGCAAGGCAUGCUUUUCUUUGCUACCGAUCUGUACAUUGGACGUACCGGACUGGAUGGCAGCCAACUGUUCGUGCUGGUCAAUAAGACAAACAGCAAUUGGUCAGUAAACAGUCUAAUUGUGGACAUGGAUGCGACGAAGGUCUAUUGGUGCUCUAGAAAUGCACUAAUGAAGGUGGAUUAUGAUGGCAAUUUACGUGAAGAGCUUCUAAAUGACACGGUCAACGACAUUGUGGCAUUGGCCAAGCUGGGAGAUUAUCUCUACUGGGCGGGCAACUCGUACAGUAGAGGUGUCAUUAAGGUAGCCCCGCUGGCCAACUUGUCGCAAGCCCGUGAGAUAAUCAAAACCGAACAGGACGCCAUCACGGAUCUUAAAAUAUACUCGAAGCGUGUACAGCACGGAACCAAUCUAUGUGCUCAGAACAACGGCGGCUGCGAGCAGCUGUGUCUCUUCAAUGGCACCAAUGCCGUAUGCGCCUGCUCAUACAGCCGACUCGCCGCUGAUGGCAUGGCCUGUGAACCUUACGACAACUUCCUGCUGUUCAGCUAUCGCAGCAACAUUGAGAGCAUCCAUAUGACGGAGCACGCUAACAAGAACUGGCCCGUGCAGAUCAUCACGAAUGAGACGCUGAUGCGGAAUGUAGUUGCCAUCAGUUAUAAUUACGAAGCGCAACUAGUUUACUACUCGGAUGUCCAACUGAGCACCAUCAAUCAGGUGCAUUUCAAUGGCAGCGGUCAGCGACAGCUGAUCAAACAGCAGGGACGUGUCGAGGGUCUGGCCUAUGAUAUCGUCAACGAUCAGCUGUUCUGGACGUCGAAUAACGAUGCAGCCAUACGUAGCCUGGAGCUGCAGUACUUGUCACCCCAACCCGAACAGAACAUGCAGCAUGUGCGCAAUGUCCUCAGGUUGCAGAGCAAGGACAAGCCGCGCGGCAUUUCGGUGGAGCCGUGCCUGGGCAUGAUCUACUGGACCAACUGGAACGAGCAAUCGCCAAGCAUACAGCGUGCUUAUCUCACGGGCUAUGGCGUGGAGCGCAUCAUACGUACCGAUAUCAAAAUGCCGAAUGCCCUAACUCUGGACUUGGAGCAGCAGCAACUGUACUGGGCCGAUGCGCGUCUGGAUAAGAUUGAACGCGUCAACUAUGAUGGCACAAAUAGAGUGGUGCUCGCACACACAACGCCCAAGCAUGCUUUUGCCAUGGCCGUGUACGGAGAUCUGCUCUUCUGGACGGACUGGGUGCUGCACGCAGUGGUGCGGGCCAAUAAAUAUACUGGAACGGACGUGCUCUUCUUGCGCGAGAACGUGGCUCGGCCCAUGGGCAUCAUAGCGGUGCAAAACAGCAGCAUCAACUGUGAUGCGAAUCAGUGUAAGAUACUCAAUGGCCUCUGUGAGGAUGUCUGCAUACUGAGCAAGAACGGCAUGGCCAGCUGCCACUGCACACAGGGCGUGCUGGCGCCCGAUGGACGUCGCUGUAUCGCGCCGAUGCACACGAAUUGCGGCAAGUCUCAGUACAACUGCCAUUCGGGCGAGUGCAUACCACUGGAGCUGACCUGCGACAAUGUUACCCACUGUUUGGAUGGCUCCGAUGAGCUGCGCAACUAUUGCGUGAUCCGAAAGUGCCCAGAGAACUAUUUCAUGUGCCAGAAUCAUCGCUGCAUUGCACAGGAGCAGACCUGCGAUGGACUGCAGCAAUGUGGCGACGGCAGUGAUGAGACGACCCUGUUGUGCAAGUGCCAGCCCGAGCAGUUUCGCUGUGGCAGCGGCGAGUGCAUCUCGCGCUCCUUCGUCUGCGACAAUAUGCGCGACUGUCGCGAUUUCAGCGAUGAGAAGCAGUGCGCCCAGAGAACGUGUGAGCAGGGCGACGCCUUAUUUGAGCACUGCGAGAGUAGCACACUUUGCAUAAUGCCCUCUUGGCGCUGCGAUGGCGAAUCGGACUGCCCCGAUGGCACAGAUGAGCUGGGCUGCAGCAACAACACGCGCGCCACCUGCGAACUGAAUCAGUUUCGUUGUGCGAACGGGCACUGCAUUGCGUCCGGCUGGCGCUGUGAUGGCGAGAACGACUGCAUGGAUAAUGUCGGGGAUAAGGGCAGCGAUGAGCUCAACUGCCGCUCCAGCUGCCAGGUGAAUCAGUUUAGCUGCGACAACGGCUGCAUACCCAGCAGCUGGCAGUGCGAUGGGAAAAGCGAUUGCGAGGAUGGCACCGACGAAGGUCCGCAGUGUCCCAAUCGUUCCUGUCGCGCCCAUCUGUUUCAGUGCAAGAGCUCGGGGCGUUGCAUACCACAGAAAUGGGUGUGCGAUGGCGAAAAGGAUUGCCCCAGCAACGGCGACGAGGGCUCCGAAGAUGAGGGUCCGCACUGCGGAGGCGUUUCGCACAUACCCGAUUGCCAGCCACCUGCCUUCCUAUGCAGCACUGGUCAGUGCAUAGAUUCUCAUUAUGUGUGCGAUGGCGACGAGGACUGUCCCGGCGGGGAUGAUGAGUACGAUGGCUGUGAGCCGCUCUACCAUGCGCAUGCUUGCCCAGGCGGUGCGCUAAUGCAUCACUGUCAGGAUGGCCUGUGCAUCUACAAGAACCAGACGUGCGAUGGCAAAGCUGACUGCGGCGAUGGCUCCGAUGAGCUGCCGUCGCUCUGCAUGCACACGCGAGCGUGCAAUGGCGCCGAUGACUUUCGCUGCAAGAAUGGGGCCUGCAUCAGCGCGGACUUGUUGUGCGACAGGCGCAAUGAUUGCGGCGACUUUUCGGACGAGCAGCUCUGCAAUGAGAACGAGUGCCUCAAUCCGGAUAUCUGUGAGCAUGAGUGCGUGGACAAGGUGGUGGGCUAUGAGUGCCGUUGCAGGCCCGGCUACAAACUGCUGCCAAAGAGUCCUCAUCUGUGCACGGACAUUGAUGAGUGUGCCGAGCAGCAGCCCUGCUCCCAGACCUGCAUCAAUACGUACGGCUCGUACAAAUGCCUGUGCGCCAAGGGCUAUGAGCUGCGCGAUCACCACACCUGCAAAGCGACCAGCAAUGUCACCAUGAAGCUAAUCUUCUCCAAUCGCUACUACAUCCGGCAGGUGAACCAGACGGGCAACGGCUCCAUACUCAUACACUCACUGUCCAAUGCCGUGGCCCUGGACUUCGACUGGGAUAGUCAGUGCUUGUAUUGGUCAGAUGUUACUAGCACCGUGGGCACCAUAAAGCGCUACUGCCCGCUGGAGAACAAGACCCAAACGCUACACCAGGCCAUGCUCAAGAAUCCCGAUGGACUCGCUGUUGAUUGGGUGGCCAAAAACUUGUACUGGUGCGACAAGGGCUUGGACACUAUAGAGGUCUCUCAGCUGGACGGCAAGUACAGGCGAGUGCUCAUCAAUGAGCAGUUGCGGGAGCCGCGCGGCAUUGCCUUGGAUCCCUAUCAGCGGCACAUUUACUGGUCCGACUGGGGCGACAAUCCGCAUAUUGGCAAAGCGGGCAUGGAUGGCUCACAGCCGCGCAUGAUCAUACGCGAGAAUCUGGGCUGGCCCAAUGCCCUGACCAUUAGCUUCGAAACACAACAGCUGUUCUGGGGUGAUGCCAGAGAGGACACGAUUUCGGUCAGCGACUUGGAUGGCAAUCAUACGCGUCUGCUGUUGGCGCGCAGCAUCAAUCCCAGUUUGAAUCUGCAUCAUAUAUUUGCCAUUGCCGUGUGGGAGGAUCGCAUCUAUUGGUCGGACUGGGAGACCAAGUCCAUUGAGUACUGCAACAAGUACGACGGUCAGAAUUGCUCCACGCUUAUCACGACAAUACACAGGCCGAUGGACUUGCGUGUCUAUCAUCCCUAUCGCCAGCAGCAGCCAAUCAGUGGCAAUCCGUGCCUGCAUGCCAACUGUUCGACCCUCUGUUUGCUCUCGCCGGAAGCGCCAUACUACAAGUGCGCCUGCCCCAAUAACUUUGUGCUGGCCGAGGAUGGACGCACCUGCCGGGCCAACUGCACGGCGGCCCACUUUGAGUGCGUGAAUACGUACAAGUGUAUACCGUUCUAUUGGCGCUGUGACACGCAAGACGAUUGCGGCGAUGGUAGCGAUGAGCCAGAGACUUGCCCGCCUUUCCACUGCGAACCGGGCCAGUAUCAGUGCAGCAACAAAAAGUGCAUACAUCCAUCGGGAAUUUGCGAUGGGGUCAAUCAGUGUGGCGACAGCUCAGAUGAGCUCAACUGUGAUAAGUUCACCUGCUUUGAGAAUCACCUGAAGUGCGAGGCAACCGCCAACAGUUCCGCCUUCUGUGUGGACGGUGUGAAGCGUUGCGAUGGCGUCAAGGACUGUCCAGGCGGUGACGACGAGGCUGGCUGUACGCCACUUGUCUGCAAGAAGGGUCAAUUCCAGUGCGGCAACAAUCGCUGCAUGCCCUACGUCUGGGUCUGUGAUGGGGACAUCGACUGUGUCGACAAAUCCGAUGAGACGAAUUGCGAUCACGUUUCCUGUGGACCCAGUGAUUUUCAAUGCGAUUCGGGUCGCUGCAUACCGCUUACUUGGCGCUGCGAUGACGAGGUGGAUUGUCCGAAUGGUGAGGACGAACCGGCCAGCUGCCAUAGCUCGAAAGCCACCUGUGAUCCCACUUACUUUAAGUGCAACAACUCCAAGUGCAUACCCGGCCGUUGGCGAUGCGAUUAUGAGAACGAUUGCGGCGAUGGCAGCGACGAGCUCAACUGCCAAAUGCGCAACUGCUCCGAGAGCGAAUUCCGUUGCGGCACAGGCAAGUGCAUAAAGCACGAUUUCCGCUGUGAUGGCGAGAUUCACUGCGACGACAGCAGCGACGAAAUCUACUGUAAUAUCACCUGCAAGCCCAAUCAGUUCAAAUGUGCUGCAUUUAAUACCUGCAUCAACAAACAAUAUCAAUGCGAUGGCGAUGACGACUGUCCAGAUGGCUCCGAUGAGGUUAACUGCACUUGUCCGCCGGAUCAUUUCACCUGCGGCAACGGCAAGUGCAUUAUGUCGCGCUGGAAGUGCGAUGGCUGGGAUGAUUGCCUCGAUGGCAGUGACGAGAGCUUUGACACCUGUGCCCAUGUGCAUUGCCACUACAACGCCUUUAAGUGCGCCAACCUGUUGUGUAUACGGAAAUCGGCUUUGUGUGAUGGCGUCAACGAUUGUGGCAACAACGAGGAUGAGUCGGAUCAAGUGUGUGCAGCAUUGCCCAAGUGCCGGCAUGAUCAGUUCCAGUGCGAGAAUGAUGACUGCAUCUCGAAGAACUUCCGCUGCGAUGGACAAUACAAUUGCAUAGAUGGCUCCGACGAGAUGAACUGCCAGCCGCCCGUCUGUGGCUUCGGCACCUGCUCACAGAUUUGCAUUGAAAAGAAGGCCGGUCACUACAACUGUAAAUGUACGACGGGCUAUUACAAGGGCGGUGCUAAGAACGCAACGUGCUUGGCAUCUGGGCCAGAUCUGAUACUUCUGUUGGCAUCGGAGCAAGAGUUCCGUUUCAUAUUGCCAGCCAAACAGGAGGGCACCACUGUCGUUGGCUUCUUCCAGACGGACAGUCUUAAAAUUGAUGUGUUCGACAUACUUAUCAGACCGAAGGACACGUUACUCUUCUGGAUUGACUCGCAUCAUGGCAAGGUGCAUACCAUGAAAAUUGCCACGCCUCACGUGGAAGGCACCGGCGUACGCGUACGUCGUGAUCUCAAAGAACUGACUGCAUUCAAUAUACCCGAUCUGGAUGACCCCAAGUCUUUGGCAGUGGAUUGGAUAACCCAAAUGGUUUACAUCGUCGAUUCACGUCACAAUCAAAUCAUUGCCACUGACAUCGAGGGCAAGAAGUAUAUCUCUUUGGUAUCCACGGGCAUGAAUCCAACGGAUAUUGUGCUGGAGCCCGAAUCGCGUGUUAUGAUUUGGUCCACUCUAGAGAAUGGCAUCUUGGUGGCCUCAAUGGAUGGCACCAACAAGAAGAGCCUAGUGGAGCGUGAUGUCGGCUGGCCAAUUAGCCUCUCUAUAGACUAUCCAACUGGACGCCUAUAUUGGGCGGACUAUCGCAAGGGCACAAUUGAGACGUGUCGCUUAAAUGGCAAAGAGCGUAAUGUGGUGCGACGCUUUGGCAAUCGCGAGAAGCCGCAAAAGAUUGAUGUAUUUGAGGAUUAUCUGUAUAUCAAGCUGUACGACCAGACCAUCAUUAAGAUGAACAAAUUUGGCAACGACAACGGCACCUAUUUGCUAAAGGGCUACCGCUCCUCAGACAUUGGCAUACUGCAUCCCAUGAAACAGAAUCGAAAUAUAAGCAAUCCUUGCGGUAAGGAUCCGUGCAAAGCUCUACGCGCACUCUGCAUACUGUCGACAGAAUCGGCCAACGGCUACAGCUGCAAGUGCCCCAAUGAGUAUGUGAUGACCGAGGAGGGCGUUUGCAAGGCACACACCGAUAUACCCAACUACUGUCCGCUGCUCUGCAACUUGGGCACUUGCCAGGUGAUAAAUCAUGUGCCCAAAUGCAUUUGCCAACCACAAUAUGAGGGCGAGCUUUGUGAACAUUAUCGCUGCUCCGGCUACUGUCUGAACUUUGGCCUGUGCACGGUGGCACCACAGUUGCCAGGCAUGCAAGAGCCUCCGCCACUUAAGUGCACCUGCCCGCCCAACUGGUCAGGCGCACGUUGCGAGGUGUCCGUCGCAGACUGCCAGAGCCGUUGCCACAAUGGCGGCUCGUGCCUGGUCACCGAGGCCGAAGGAAUGAAGUGUAGCUGCCCAGACAUGUAUGUGGGAGAUCAAUGCGAACACUGCCUCAAUCUGACCUGUGAGAAUGGCGGCAUUUGCCGCGAGACGCUGACCGGCGCACCACAAUGCGAGUGCCCAGAUGGCUUUACGGGCAAACGCUGUGAGUUCAAUGAGUGCGCAGAUUAUUGCAGUAAUGGUGGGACCUGCAUCAUUGGUGCUAAGGGACAACGUCAGUGCAAGUGUCCGAGUGGCUUCUAUGGCGAGCAGUGUGAAGCGAACUCAUGUCGCGACUUUUGUCAGAAUGGCGGCACCUGUAUGGAUCGUGGACACCGGCUGAGCUGCACCUGCCCCACGCGCUACAUUGGCGAUCGCUGUGAAUCGGAUCUGUGCAAGACCUCAAUACCGCCGCACUUCUGUGACACGUCACAGCAGCCAACGCGGAAUCCCUGCACUGGCAUCAUUUGCCAAAACUCGGGCACAUGUCAUGUGGUCAAGGGCAUCGCCAUGUGCAACUGCACAGAUCAAUGGAACGGAGAAUUUUGCACGACCAACGUAGGCGAUGACAACCCGUGCGUUCGCUACUGUGCCAAUGGUGGUCUCUGCCACCUCAAUCAAUAUAGAUUGCCUCACUGUACCUGCAUCGGCGAAUGGCAAGGCGAUUUCUGUGAUCUGCCGCCGCACUGUGUGGGCGAGUGCAGCGUCUGUCGCACGGGCAGCUCCAUCAAUGAAUGUUUGUGCGACAACAAACGGGUGGUGCCCUGCCUAGCCGAAAGCGCUGUGGCUCUCAGUGGAGAGCAGCACCACAGCGAAUCGGCCGGCAUAUUGUCUGUACUGGCGGUGCUCUUGGUGGUCACAUUGGUGCUGAUGCUCUUUGGGGCUGUCUUUUAUUUCCUCAAAAAACAUCGCAUUGCACAGCCAUUCUCACAUGCUCGGCUCACUGACAAUGUGGAGAUCAUGUUGACCAAUCCAAUGUACCGAGGGGAUGCCGAUGAAGCACCGCCCUUCGCUCACGAAGAUGACAAGGGCAACUUUGCGAAUCCCGUGUACGAAUCGAUGUAUGCGGAUGCCAUAGCGGAGCCGGCGAUUGCAGAAAGUGCGCACAGCAUGGCGCCGGAUGAGAGAAAGGGUCUCUUGCAGCACACGCACGAUGAGACUCUGAUGAUUGAGCCGUGUCAGCCAUGAUCACGAGCUGUGCUAAGCACAGUCACAGAUUGUUGUACACUUAAAACACACAUACUCAAGCACACAUUUAAAUCCAAAUGCAAACCGACUUGAACACGAACAAUGGACUGAUAGCGUAGCCAUAUUACGAAUUUUGUAAACUUUUUUAUUUGUAUACAAUUUCCUUUCUUUUUGUAACGUGCAUGAAGAGAAGGUGAAGGGGAGUCGGAGAGUGCCGCCCAUCCAAAGAGCGCUGAAACUAAUUGCAACCGUGGUAUCUCCUGGCUUCUCGUUUAAUGUCCUUAAGAAUGAUGUCCUUAUACUAUAAAUUUAAACAUUUCUUUUCACUGUUUUAGUUGUUGUUCUGUUUAAGCGCCUUUCUCUAAUUGUCACAAAGUUACAACAAAUUUGCCUUCCUUAUAUUGAUUUAAUUUUAUAAA